AUGGAAACAAACUGCAACAGUGGUGGCAUUAUGUGGUUUUUCAGAGACAGGGGUUUUGACAAUAAAAGUAUACAUGAAAUGUUGAAGAAGUGCAAGCGCCUUGAGGACGUGCAAAGGGAGAAAGCUUCAGAAAACUGGGAUUACUUGAAAAGCAUAGGCAUUCAAGAGAGAAAACUUCCUGCCGUUGUUGGGAAGUGUCCGAAAAUUCUAACUCUCGACUUGCACGAAAAACUGGUUCCAAUGGUUUCGUGCCUCGCAACAUUAGGGACAAAGCCUAAGGAGGUUGCUUCUUCCAUAACUAAAUUUCCUCACAUUCUCUUCCACAGUGUGGAAGAGAAGCUCUGCCCACUCCUUGCUUUCUUUGAAGCUCUUGGUGCAUCCGAAAAGCAAGUGGGAAAGAUGAUACUUCUAAACCCAAGAAUCAUCAGUUACAGCAUUGAAAAAAAACUUUCGAAGAUAGUGGAUUUUCUUGCAAGUCUAGGCCUGUCCAAAGAUGGGACAAUUGGUAAAGUUUUGGUCAAACACCCAUUCAUUAUGGGUUAUAGUGUCGAAAAAAGGUUGCAACCAACUUUAGAUUUUCUUAAAUCAUUAGGUCUUACAGAAACUCACCUUCAAAAUGUAGCAUUAAAUUUCCCAGAAGUUUUAUGCCGAGAUGCCAACAAGAUUCUGAGUCCUAAUGUUACAUACCUAAGGACGCAUGGGUUUGAAUCGAGACAGAUAGCAGCUUUGGUGGCUGGUUACCCUCUUGUCUUGAUUAAGAGUACAACUAAUUCUUUAGGACCGAGGAUUAAGUUUUUGGAACAAGUGAUGGGAAGACGAAUUGAUGAAGCUGCUGAAUAUCCCGACUUCUUUAAGCAUGGUUUGAAGAAAAGAUUAGAGUUGAGGCAAAGACUUUUGAAGCAAAAGAAUCUAACUUGUAGCUUGAGUGAAAUGCUGGACUGUAACCAGAAGAAAUUUCUUCUGAAGUUUGGUUUUGUUGAGCAACUUGCCUGA